CCUACCGAGCUACCAGCCAAGCGGCAGCUCCGCGGGCAGCCGGACGGCUGGGUUUACAGAGCAAAAGGGAAGCACCUCUCCAGCGUGACAAAAAGCAGAGCAGUCACCGAUGACCGACUUUACCAGCAGCUCGAAGGACGCAAUCAUCGCCUAUGCUGCCGAGCACGCCAAUCUGAACCGCAAAAUUCCGCGGGCCAAAGGCGCGUGGCGCGUCAUCCCCAACCUGUAUCUCGGCAACGCGGCAGCCGCCGGCGACGCCGCUACCCUGAGGCAGCUGAAAGUAACCGCAGUGCAGUCCGUCGGGCCCCGCUCCGAAAAAGUCUGCCGUGAGGUGGCCGACACGCUAACGCUCAUGCGCGUCGCCAUUCAGGAUGACGACGAAGCGCACAUCCUGCCUUUUCUGGAGGAAGCUUGCGCCUGGAUCAACGCGGAACUCGCCAAGGAGGACGGCGUGGUGCUGGUCCACUGCCGGGGCGGUAUGAACCGCUCGGCGACCAUGGUGGCGGCUUUUCUCGUGUGGAAGUUUCCGGGGAUGACUGCCGCUGAAGCCAUAGCCGUGGUGCGGCAAGCGCGCCCGGCGGCUAGGUUUGGGCGAGGAGAGGAAGGGGUCCUGCAGCGGGACCUGAGGCAGUGGGAGCUGGACUGCGCGGUGGCGAGGGAGAGGUAGGGAACAGGAUGGGCAAGGCUGUGUGGACUAAUGUUCUGUACUUCUGUAACGAAGAAAAACCAGAG